UUCCAUGCCAUAUAUAGGUGCAGUGUAGUGAGCUUUUAUUUAGCUGCCAUGUUCUCAUUUUGCUUUACAUUCCUCACCCAAUCCCCUGCAACCCAUCAUCCCAUUGGCAUCCAGGAUCAAAUGUCAUGGAUUCUUGUUACCUUGGCCCUGUACAUUUUUAUGGUUCUUGAUGCUGCUUGAUGCACAGUAAUGUUGUGACCGUGCACAGUAAUGGCGCCGGUGUCGAGUCUGCUGUGUGUGUGCUGCACCCAGGAGCUCACCAUUGUUAUUGUAAAAAAUUUGAAGGCCCAUCACACUUAUAGGCAUAUAUUGGUCUUUGUAACAGAGACAUCACUGACUGUGAAAGAAGCUGUGCCAUUGAGGAAGACCGGGAUGCUUGGGAAGAAUGAACAGCAAGUGGUAUAUCUGGACGGCAAGAAGUACAUUCUGUGCGAACGACCUGAUGUGAUGGAAAAUAUUGAAGAGGAACUGAUGCAAGGCACGUUUAUGGCUUUCAAAUGCAAACCUGAAAAGGACAGCUGUAUGCAGUGGUUGAAACUUUUCGAAUCAUUUACUAAAAGAACGUUCACCAUCUACACAUCAUCGGGCGGUGGAAAGUUUCUUGUUUAUAAGGCGCGGCUUCGUUGCCACCAUGACGUACCAGACCGUUUUAGCCGCCAGCGGAAGAAGAUUUCAGACAGGAAUUGGAGCUGCCCAACUCGGAUGACGGUAGCCAUUAGACAGAGCGCUGCAAAGGUCACGAGCAAAAAGCCUUACGCAGGCUAUGCGAUGAGGGUGACAUGCAACGGGGAGGUCCACAAUCAUGCGAGAGACUCAGUUGCGACUCUCAAGUUUAGACGGGUCGGAGAGGCGGCAAAGGAGAGAAUGCUGCGGCUUUUCGCCCAGCAGCUUUCGCCACCAGAGGCGCUGAGGACUCUCAAGCAACAACUCCGGGAAGAACAUGGCAGCGACUAUGACAGGGUUGCAGCCGACCGUUCCGUUGUACCUGAUCUGGGCUAUGCUUACAGCUUAUACUAUGCUAACUUCGGCAAGAGGAGGAAGAUGAAGAUAAAGACGAAUGGGAUGAAGACGGUUGAGACGAACGCAAUUGAGACGAAGACAGAACCAAACGACCUGGAAGAAAUGGAAGUGUCUGGAAUGGUGGUUGGUCGGGAGGGCGAUGAGACUAUUGUCGCGGCCAUAUCCCCAGUGGAGCGAGUACAGUCCCUGAACGGGGCCUCAGAUGUCGUCUUUGUGGAUUCCUCAGGACAUUUCCUGGACGAGUGGCUCAUCCCAGCGGAUGCGUCAGAACCAGGCGUCAUGGAUGGUGGCCUCGAUGCUGUUGUGUAUUGUGCUCCUGAUGCUGAUAUGCGGGGUGGUCCGACUAUUUCUGUAGAUGGCGGUCCAGAUAUUUCUGUAGAUGGUGACCCAGACAUUUCUGUAGAUGCGUCCUCGGGUAUUCCUGUGGAUAGUAGCCCGGAUACUGGUGAGGCCAGUGUCCCUGCUGCUGCCAUAGAUUGUGGCAUGGAUACUGUUUUAGAUAGCGGCGUGGCUGUCGUCGUGGGUGGUGGCCCUGACGCUGCUGUUCACGCACCCGGUGGCGACGCAGCCUGGUCGACUGAUGCCGCGGGCGCGACGACCGACGUCGCGGAUGAUCCGCGGCCACAGAGUCGCGUUGCGACCGCGGCGGUCGAGCGCAUCCAACAAUGGGCGGCGCUCGUGAGCCGGCAAAUUCUGGAAGAAGACGACGGCCGGUGGCGCAUUGCUUCAGACACCUUUAUCCGGCAGUGGGAGAGGCUCACCAUCGCUGGGAGAUUGUCGGCUCUCCGCGGCUUUGGUCGUCCGUCGAGACAAAAUCGAAGCCUUUCACAAUUCGCCGUGCGGUCUGCGAAUGCGACCAUUAGCUCCUUCGUGCGUGCCAGGGUCAAGGUGCCUGCUGUUGGUCCGCGCGAGGUGACCCGGACUCAGGAGCUUUACACGCGGCAGCCUCCGCUCGCAUAGCGGCCUGGGACGAGGGCAGCCACAUGCUCAGUAAGGACAUGCUCUGAGCCAUGAGUGUGUGAAUAUGUACAUGAUUUAAUGAACCUCACGGUGUUAUGAUUUCGCUAUCAUCCGUAUUACAGUGGAUAUUUGAACAAUACAUGUUCCGAGCACCGAUUA